AUGUCUUUUAAUUUACGCAAAAAGACGCGUGUAAGUUAUUAUGAGCCAGAAGAACCAAGUUUCGACGAGUAUGUUUACUGUGAGCAAUGUAUGGACUUCGUAUAUGACUAUUGCGCUAUACAUGGAACCUUACUGAUCGUACCUGAUGAUAAGGUUCCAGCGGAGACUAACUUGCCAUCCUACGUGCCUCGAGCGGCUCUCACAAUACCUCAUAUAUUUCUGCAUUUAGCUCCCUCUAUUAUACCUGGUGCAGGUCUUGGUGUGUUUAGUACGCUAACUCUGCCGCGCGGCGUUCGCUUCGGCCCGUAUCGUGGACAGAGGACUAAAGAUGUGGAUUCUAUGUAUUGUUGGCAGAUCUUCAAUCGCCACAACAAGCGUUCUCACGUCAUCGACGCAGUGAACAGCGACCGCUCCAACUGGAUGCGCUACGUCAACUGCGCGAGACAUUGGAAAGAGCAGAAUCUAUUAGCUUAUCAGUUUAGAGGACAACUUUAUUAUAGGACAAUAAAAAUAAUCCCUCGCUUCACGGAACUCCUAGUGUUCUACGGCAGCGAGUAUGCAAACGCCUUACAAAUUAACCUAGCUAAAUACAACAAUGUAGAUCACUACAGACAAGUUAUCAGUACUCAAAUAGCACCUAUCAAAGCGAAAAAUCAAGAAACAGAACCCGAUUAUUUAACUGCAGAACAAUUUCAUUUUAUCGACGAAGAAAAUCAAAUUGCAGAAGUAAAGAGCACGUGA